AUGCCUAGCCUCGAAACCCCGGGCGAGUUUUUGCGGCAUGCUUUACUCGAUACAGUAGUACCUCAUGCUGCGAAUUUCGACGUUGGAAGGUCAUUGACCGCAGCAUUGGAGGACGGAGCGGACGAUCUACCCUCAAUUCUCUCCUCGAUAUGUCAAAGGUCUCUACUAUUCUUUGACGAGUCACUCCCUGUACGCAUUAUCUUGCGACUGUCGAACUGUACGGAUCAAUUCCUGAAGCACUACCUCCCGCGUCUCGAAGUCCGACUGGAUGUGUUUGCAGUCGACCCUGCCGAGACUGUGGUGGACAACCCGUCGCAAGCUCGAGAAAUCAUCUUUUCUGGAUCUGUCGAUCCGCGAGAGGAGCCCUUGGUGAUAUUCAACGAGUUUGAUUGCGAGGAAGGAACGGGAAACCACGUAUACCUAAUCUGGAACAUAGAAGCCUUCUUGAAGCGGCCCCGUAAUCGUCUCUCGAACCCAUCACUGCUGUUCAUCGCUUCAACGAGUCUCAAUCCUUCCGAAACUACACAACAAGAGUAUCCCGACGAUGAUUACCUUCCUCCCCUCGUGCCCGCCUCAACAAAUGUGUUCCAAUCUUUAUCAGGUGACAGAUCGCUCGCCCAGAAAGAGCCCUUUCUUCCUGCUUCGAGAUUGCUGCGUGUUGUACCAACGACAGCCUCGGAGGACCCUAUCUACAACGUCCGGCAGCAACACGGGCGACCAUUUCGUGUUGUUCCAGCAGCAAGUGCUAGGAUCCGUUACUCUCGAUUGAAUAUCUACAGUGGUCUUCCAACUACCGUUGCGAGCCUCGAUUUCGAGGUGACCCCCUACCUGAGCUGCGAUGUUGUUUUCGAUCAAGCAGAGGUUCGUUUGUCAGAAGGCACCCUUGAGGAUUUGUCCGCCGUACAGGGUCUUAAGCUUCCGUUGGCCUGUCGUCCCCGAGAUGACGUGACUCUCAUGUACAAACUUACGCCGGAAUACGGGCCAGAGACGAAUCUUUCAUCGACUGCCAUGAUGAGCAUGCUGGACAUCUCACUCGGAGCAGUCAUUCUUCUGGCUGACGACUGCAAGCCUCGUGUCACCAUGCAGUGGCGCACUAAUGUCGACUUCUCAUUGCCACUAAACCCUAUCUUCGGAGGUCCAAGCCAGGCAUUGCAGAGGAAUAACCGGCCCACCAGCCUGCCCAUGCCCCAGGCCAAUGUGGGGACGGGGUCGCAUCCCAAUAGUCGUCCAUCGCUUCGAGAGCGCGCGUACUCGGUCACUGGCGCAGGGGUGACCAUUUCCUUUUCUGGUCCCACUCGCGUUCCGGUUGGGAUACCCUUCUCGUGGGAUGUAUUUAUCGUCAAUCGUUCAACUGCACCGCGGAAGUUCGCACUCAUUGCAAUUCCUCGCCGAAAACGGGUUGACCCGAGAGGGCAUGUAGCGCGGCCGUCAUCAUCGUCAAUCGCAAGUCGAAAGGAAGACCUUGUAGCAGAGGCUGUCACAGAUGAGAAUAUCGUGCACGCGAAGCAAAAGGCCAUCAUGGGUCAGGAGGCGGAAUUGAUUAGUUUGAGCACUGACAUUCGGGUUGGCCCUCUCUUACCCGGCACCUGCCACUCUACGGAGCUGAAACUCUUACCUCUCGCGACUGGUCCUCUUCAUUUGGAAGCUGUCCGCCUAGUAGAUUUGAACACAAAUGAGACAACGGACAUUCGAGAUUUGCCAGAUAUUCUCGCCGACGAGCAGCUGCGCACAGGCUCGUGA